AUGGCAUACGUUGGUUGUGAUUGGCUGUCUGUGUUGUUUGGUCAGGUGACGUCGUUCAGCACCCCUCCCACCCCGGAGAGGACCCGCCCCUCAUUCUUCUCCCCGUCUCUGCGGAGGAAGGCCCCCAGGAACCGUAUCGCUGAGAUGAAGAAGAGUCACUCAGCCAACGAUAGUGAAGAGCUCUUCAGGGAAGAGGAUGACGAGGACCUGUGUAACCAGUCCAACCUGCGGUCUCGCUCCCUGUCGGGUACAGGUCGAUCCCUGGUGGGAUCUUGGCUCAAACUGAACCGUACAGACGAGUACUUCCUGCUUUACUCCCACCUGACCUACGUCACCCUGCCGCUGCACCGUAUCACCUCAGAUAUCCUGGAGGUGAGACAAAAGCCCAUCCUGAUGACAUAGCAGAUCAGAUCAGAGCUCCAGUCCUCCUCUAACUGCCCCAGAGGCCAGAGCCUCCCUACCAAGAGCCUACCUGCAUCAGGCCCUGACUGACACCACUACAACCCAGUGGCGAGAUGGAGAACUACAGCGACACUACCGCCAUCUGGUGGUGACAUGGAGGAAUUACAGCGACACUACCGCCAUCUGGUGGUGACAUGGAGGAAUUACAGCGACACUACCGCCAUCUGGUGGUGACAUGGCGGAAUUACAGCGACACUACCGCCAUCUGGUGUUGACAUGGAGGAAUUACAGCGACACUACCGCCAUCUGGUGGUGACAUGAAGGAAUUACAGCGACACUACCGCCAUCUGGUGUUGACAUGGCGGAAUUACAGCGACACUACCACCAUCUGGUGUUGACAUGGAGGAAUUUCAGCAACACUACCACCAUCUGGUGGUGACAUGAAGGAAUUACAGCGACACUACCGCCAUCUGGUGUUGACAUGGCGGAAUUACAGCGACACUACCGCCAUCUGGUGGUGACAUGGAGGAAUUACAGCGACACUACCGCCAUCUGGUGUUGACAUGGAGGAAUUUCAGCAACACUACCGCCAUCUGGUGUUGACAUGGAGGAAUUUCAGCAACACUACCGCCAUCUGGUGGUAACAUGGCAGGAUUACAGCAACACUACCACCAGGUGGCGAUUCAGAGAACUACAACCAAACCUGGCGUCAACGGCUAGCGAUGACUUAAAGGGAAACCUUUUGUAACAAUGAAAACCAGCCAAUCAAAAAGUGCCUCUUCCCUCUGUCAUGUCCCUGCUCGAUGAGGAUUCGCAGGUGGGUGCGAGGCGGUCGCCAGGGAAACAGGCAUAGCAACACAUCCUGGGACACGCCUGUCCUUCAGAAUCACAUGAUCACGAAGUGAAGCGCCAUUGGCUGAACUCUGACCUGGAACGAAAAGGAUUUAGAAUGUCUCUUGGACAAAUCUAAAAUGGAGCCCUAUUCCCUGUAUAGUGCACUGACUCUGACCCAAAGCCCUGUAGUGCUCUAUAAAGGGAAUAGGGUUCUAUUUUGGACAACGCCUCUGUUGUCUUGUAAAUAUCUUGCUGCUUAACUACUCACUGAUAAGCCUAGAGAAAGGUUACGCUUCAUUCUGACGGAACAUAAAGCUUCUCUCUGUUUUGCUGUUGCGUGUGUUUGGUUUCUUUCUCCAUCACUGUGUGGUGGUGGGGGGAAGGUUGAAGGGAUUGUGUGUGUGUGUCUACAACGUUUUAUAGGUCCCAGGGUUUUGGUGAUGUGCUGCCUGUGGUCUUCAGCGCACCACUCGCACAUAAAGGAUGUUACUCUGAGGCCCAAGUGGCACCCUAGUCCCUGUAUUGACCAGGGCUAUAGUAUAUAGGAAAUAGGGUGCCGUUUUGGGACGCGGUCUUGAGUAUCUAUUAAGUUUACUCUACAGUUUUAAAUGUGACUUUUUAACUUUCAACAGGGAACUUAAAAUGAUGAUCCGUAUAAAAAAAGACUUGGAAAUUCACACACACCUAUCAAAGACUGGAGAAAUAUCAGGAUUUUCCUCAGCACUAGAACAAGAUGGCUGAAUAUAGAGACCCAGGGCCUGCUGAUACUCAGCAUUAGUAGCCGUAACCAACACAACUCUGCGCAGGGAUACUAAAGCCUGUUGAUACCUGGUGUAACCUCGCUCCCAUUGCUGUCGCACAGAGCCUGGUAACGGUGUGGGACUGUCUAGAAACUUGGUGGGGGGGGGGGGGAAUAAGGCUGUAACGUAACAAAAUGUGGAAAAAGUCAAGGGGUCUGAAUACUUUCCGAAUGCACUGUAGAUCAGGAAACACUCUGGGCUCCAUGAAAACAAUUUAAAGAUAGUAUCGAUAUUUUAAUUGUAUUUUGGUGGUGGGAAUGGGCUUCCAUAUGUAUCAGAUGGGUUAGGGUUAAUCAAAAUAAAUGUUACACCACAUUAACCAUAA